AUGAGAAGCUUCCUACGGACCCUACGAGCCUUCUCCAACCCGACCGCAUCUCAUCCCCAUCUACAUCUACAUCUACAUCUCCAUCUAGCACCCAAUUCCCUAUCCUUCGCAGCCCGCACCAUGGCCACCUCCACCGCGCCCGUCCUCAAGCAACCUAUCAAGCUAGCCUGCAUCCAGCUCGCCAGCGGCCUCGACAAGACGGCCAACCUAGCCCACGCGCGGGACAAAGUCGUCGAGGCCGCACAACAAGGCGCCAAACUCAUCGUACUACCAGAGUGCUUCAACUCGCCGUACGGCACCAACUACUUCCCGCAGUACGCCGAGACCCUGCUCCCCGGCCCCCCGUCCCCCGACCAAUCCCCCUCGUACCACGCGCUCUCCGCCAUGGCCGCCGAGACCGGCACCUUCCUCGUCGGCGGGUCCAUUCCCGAGGCGGAUCCGGACCCGGCCACGAACAAGUACUACAACACGUCUCUGGUAUUCGGCCCGGACGGCGCGUUGCUAGCGAGCCACCGCAAGGUGCACCUCUUCGACAUCGACAUCCCGGGCAAGAUCACCUUCCGCGAGAGCGAAGUGCUGUUCCCCGGGAACAAGGUGACCGUCGUGGAUCUCCCGGGCUACGGCAAGAUCGCCCUCGCCAUAUGCUACGACAUCCGGUUUCCCGAGCUCGCGACCCUGGCCGCGCGCCGCGGCGCCUUCGCCCUGGUGUACCCCGGCGCCUUCAACCUGACCACCGGCCCUCUGCACUGGAAGCUGCUGGGCCAGGCGCGCGCCGUGGACAACCAGCUGUACGUGGCGCUGUGCAGUCCGGCGCGGGACGUCGGCGCGUCGUACCACGCGUACGGGCACAGUUUGAUCGUGGAUCCGAUGGCGCGGGUGUUGGUCGAGGCGGCGGAGGAGGAGGACGUCGUGUAUUGGGAGUUGGACGGCGAAGCGAUCCAGGAAACUAGGCGGAAUAUCCCGCUCGCGACGCAGCGGCGGUUCGAUGUUUACCCGGAUAUCAACGAGGGUAAGAUUAGCUUUGAGGAGCCGAAUCCGCCGAAGUGA